GUGUGGGAGAGGAUCCCAGAGUGGCAGAGCUGGACAAUUGCAGAGAUUGGACUAUAGGCGAGCCACGACCCAUGUGCGAGACUGCAAUACGGAAGGUCUGCAGUGCGCGAGGGCAAUAUGAGACACCUCAUCUCAAUGACUGUCUCUAUCUUCAAAUGUGUGGUUUCACCUCUAUCGGUGGCCUGCAGGCGUACUCAGGCAUCCACUCGUUAUUCCUCAUGAGUAACCAACUUCAUCGCAUCGAAGGACUAGAGUGUCUCUGCCGUUUAAGGAUGCUUUACCUCAACAGCAAUGGACUCACUCAUAUCGAAGGCCUUCAGCACUGCAAAAACUUGGAGUAUUUAAAUAUCAGCAACAACCGUAUUCGUACUGUGAUGAACCUUGAGGAGCUCACCAGUUUGAAGACUCUCAUCGUCGCCAACAAUCAUAUAUGCAACAUUGCAUCUGACCUCAGCCCU